CUUCACUCACCAGCUGCACCCGCGGAGGGAGGAGCGGAUUGGAUGACGCGCGCAGCAGCAGCAUCGCGCACUUCAAGGCGUCGUCGCUGCUGACGCGGCCGCGACCCGCCUCCCCACGACCCUGCGCGCCGCUGAUGCGUGGGCCCCACCCCACCGCUUUAUAACCACGCCGACGCCGCCCCCAUCCCACCCCCCACACUCCCCUCCGUUCCGGACUCUCAAGCAGGAGCGGCGGACGGCGGCGCGCGCGUCUCCGUCUCCUCGCGCGGCGAAUCGCAGAUAGAAUCGGAUUGAUUCUCCGUAGGUUUCUGUUUCGGCGGGUUGGGCGUGAUGGCGGUCGCGUCGCGCCUGGCGGUGGCGCGGGUGGUCCAGCCGGACGGCGGCGCGGCGGGCGGGAGGAAGGGGCGUCAGGGGUUCGCGGUGGUCGGGCUCCCCGCGGCCGGGAGGAGGGGGAGGCGGCGCGGCGGGGCCGUGGCGGCCAGCCCCCCCACUGAGGAGGCGGCCAAGUUGACGGAGCCGCUCACCAAGGAGGACCUCGUCGCCUACCUCGCGUCCGGCUGCAAGCCCAAGGAGAACUGGAGAAUUGGCACAGAGCAUGAAAAGUUUGGUUUUGAUGUCGAAACAUUGCGCCCUAUAACGUAUGAUCAGAUCAGUGCUAUACUCAAUGGGCUGUCUGAGAGAUUUGAAUGGGACAAGAUAAUGGAAGAAAACCAUGUUAUUGGUCUCAAGCAGGGAAAGCAAAACAUUUCACUAGAACCUGGUGGCCAGUUUGAACUUAGUGGCGCUCCCCUCGAAACAUUACAUCAAACUUGUGCGGAGGUCAAUUCACAUCUUUAUCAGGUCAAAGCAGUUGGAGAGGAAUUGGGAGUAGGAUUUCUUGGAAUGGGUUUUCAGCCAAAAUGGGCUCUGACUGAUAUACCAAUAAUGCCCAAGGGAAGGUAUGAAAUCAUGAGGAAUUACAUGCCUAAAGUUGGUACUCUUGGCCUUGAUAUGAUGUUCCGCACGUGCACUGUACAGGUUAAUCUCGAUUUCAGUUCAGAGCAAGAUAUGAUAAGAAAAUUCCGUGCUAGCCUUGCAUUGCAGCCUAUCGCGACAGCAAUAUUCGCAAAUUCUCCCUUUAAAGAAGGAAAACCAAAUGGGUUUCUCAGUUUAAGAAGCCAUAUAUGGACUGAUACUGAUAACAACCGCUCGGGGAUGCUUCCUUUUGUUUUUGAUGACACAUUUGGAUUUGAGCAAUAUGUGGACUAUGCAUUGGACGUGCCAAUGUAUUUUGUAUACCGGAACAAGACUUACAUUGACUGUACUGGAAUGUCAUUUCGGGAUUUCAUGGCAGGAAAGCUCCCACAGGUUCCAGGGGAGUUGCCCACUUUGAACGAUUGGGAGAACCAUCUAACAACAAUUUUUCCUGAGGUUAGGUUGAAGAGAUACAUGGAGAUGAGAGGUGCUGAUGGUGGACCUUGGAGGAGAUUGUGUGCUUUGCCUGCAUUUUGGGUUGGGUUGUUGUAUGACGACGAAUCACUACAGAGCAUUAUUGACAUGACUUCUGACUGGACAAAGGAAGAAAGAGAGAUGUUGAGACGGAAGGUGCCAGUAACUGGUUUGAAGACGCCAUUCCGGGAUGGGUAUGUAAGAGAUUUAGCUGAAGAUGUUCUCCAGUUAGCUAAGAAUGGAUUAGAAAGAAGAGGAUACAAGGAGGUUGGUUUCCUGAGAGAAGUCGACGAAGUUGUUAGAACAGGAGUGACACCUGCCGAGAAGCUUCUGAAUCUAUACGAGACGAAGUGGCAGCGCAGCGUGGACCCUGUGUUCGAGGAGUUGUUAUAUUGAUAUAUACUGAUAUCAUAUAUAACUUCGGUGGACGCUGGACAAGGUGGACAGGGUCUUCAGAUUGUAUCCCCAUACAAAAUCCCGUCCCCAAUUCUACAAGCCACCUGACCAGGGAAACCUACUCUCCGGUCUCGUGGCUGCGAAUAAUUUUGAGCUCGGAACACUCUGUUUGUGGCUUGCCGCCUUUCUUUUUUCGGCUGUGUGGACCUUUUACAGCUUCUGAUUUUUCUCGCAUCUCCAGGGAGCCGGAACAAACACCUGUUUGUACCGAUCCCCUUUUCAUCUUUUCCUGAUGAACUGCUUGUAUUCGGAAUAAAUCCAUCUCGUGUGAUGAUGGAAGGAACCUGUUCUCCAGAAAUAAUAAUUCAGAGUGUUUGGGACGUA